AUGCUCCGCCGCCCACCCACCACCAUCCAAAUCACAGCUGAAGACGUCGCCGGCUACGAAGACCGCCGCGCACACGAAGCUCUCGCCGCCGCCCAACAGGCGCGUGCCGCAGCAGCUGCAGCCAAAGCCGAGCAACAGGCUCAAGGAAACCAGCAACAACAAGCCAUGGAAGGCGUCCAGUCCAGCCCGUCGGCGCAGCGAAGAACACGCGACGAAAGACUGGGCGUCACCCGCCGCGCAGGCAACCGCACAUGA